GGGUGUAAUGUCUGUCCACGGCCUGCAGGGGGCAGCGACACGCCUCAGAGGCUUCGAGCCUCCGUCUAAUGUCGGCAGAGGAAGAGGCGGCAGUGGCAGAGCGAAGUGAAGAAGAAGAGUUUAACGGUUCCCGGUUGUUGAACCGCUCCAGUCUCCACGGUGCCGAGGGUCUUACACAUUGUUUUGGACUGUCCCGUCGCACCAGUCGAGCGGCUAACGCUAGCUGUCUCAUUUACCUCACCGAGCUAACGCGCCGUGAUGCUUUUUCCAACGAGUAGCUAUGUGUUGACAACUUAACCCUGCCUCAUUCAGCAUCAUUACUUCAACCAAAGACGCAGAGCGAUGGACGAGGGCUCUGAGCUGAUGGAAGAUAUUGUGUUUCGAGGAGUGGAGUUUUCUGUGAAGGUAGAGUUGGACAAAGGUCUGCUGAUAGUGGAAAUCUCUGACUCCGCGACGGCGGAUCAGUGGAGAGGGGACUUUGAUCCAGCUUACAUUGAGGACCUCACCCGCAAGACUGGCAACUUCAAGCAGUUUCCCAUUUUCUGCAGCAUGUUGGAAUCGGCUGUUAGAAAGACGAGUGAUUCUGUAACGCUCGACCUCUUGACCUACUCCGACCUGGAGCUGCUACGUAACAGGAAAGCAGGAGUGGUUAGUCGCCCUCGCGGGAAUCAGCAGUCGUCUGCUCUCACUGCCAAAAGAUAUCUCAUCCUCAUCUACACUGUGGAGUUUGACAGGAUACACUACCCACUACCCCUGCCUUACGUAGGGAAGCCUGACCCAGCCGCCCUGCAGAAGGAAGUCAGAGCCCUGAGGGCUGAGCUCAACGCCGUCGCUUCUCAUGGAGUCAACAAAUCUGCAGAGCUAGAAAUACAGCGGCUACGAUCAGAGCUGGCUCUGGUGAAAGAAGAGAAGGAGGCCAUGGCGAAGAUUCUGGAGCGACUGCAGGUCAGUGGAAGUGGUUCCACAGCUGGACCAGAGGACUGGAGAACCAGAGAUGUGGUUAGGACGCUGGAGGAGCAGCUUGGCAAAGAAAGGGCCAAAAGUCAGCGCUCAGCGAGCAAGAGAUGUCAGGAGCAGCGACUGCUAACGGAGCAGUUGGAGGAACUGAGGGCAUCAGAGCGCGCCCUACGCAUUCGAGUCAAGAGUCUCACCAAUGAACUGGCGCUGCUGCGGAGAGGGUUAGACAAUCUAAGCGUUAGAGUGACUCCUGUGUCGGCUCGCCUCAGCUCUCGGGUUGACGAGGAAUUCUUUCGCUCGCUCUCCCGCGAUAGGAGGCCGGGCUACGGGACAGUCAGGGCUCGUUCAGGAUCCAGAGAACGGAUGGAGGACAGGGUGCAAAGAUCAGAGGAAAGAGGAAGAAGAGCGGACUCCUCAGGACCACGUGCUCGCAUACCCAGGCCGUCACCAUCUCCGACAGGGUCACGGGCUCCUCGCUUUGACCCAACUGCUUACAUCCAGGACCGACAACGGCGGCAGAGAGAGGCAGAACUCAAAAAACAGAGGAAGGUACGGCGGGACAUACUGACAUCACCUGUCGUCCCUGAGAGGGGGCGUUCACGCUCCAGAGAGGCCUAUCCUCAGAUGGUCCGGUCUGGCAGCAGAGGCAGGAGUUUAUCCGUGGAGCGCAGAGGGAGCAGGAACUCCUCUGAGAGCUCGUUAGUGGAUAUGGAGGAAAUGGCCCAAACUCUGUUCAGAGGAAGAAAACAGACUUACAAUGGACCCAGUGUGGUGAGUGACAUGUCUCGAGGAGGCCUUUUGACCAGAAAGCCAUUAUGCAGUACUCCAUCACACAGAAUGAAAGAUAAAGACAGCUCUGCAGAUACAGGCGCUGAACUGUCGGAGAUUGAUGCCAGGCUGCAGGCUCUUCAGGAGUACAUGAGGGACCUGGAUACAGGACACUGACAAACCACCGCACGGACUGCUUCUCUGGCUACUCGCGGAAAUGUUCCCUGCACAGCUUGGAGCUCAGGCCGACUUUUUGCUUUUACAGUGCACAGACUGAGGAGGAACGUGUGAAGCUUCAAACACGAGCAAUGUGUUUGUGUUCACAUAAGAGACUGAACGUCCUUCUGGAGGGUCAGACUUCAGGAAACUACAGCCAUCACUGUGAAGGACUACUUUAUGUCAACUAAUUUUUUUUAUUUUUUAUUUUUUUAAAUAUACCAAGUUUUUAUGAAUUAACUUAAAAUAUCACUGUCUGAGUGUCGUUUUACCUUUCCUUUUUUUUUUUUUUUAUACCUUUUUCAACUCAAGUCAAAUCUGGCAGUAACCUCUUCACACGCUUGUUGGUGUUUUCUUUCCUUUGCACGACUGACUGUUGUCUCUCAGGCAGUAAGCAAGCCGAGGACCUGACUGACCGCAUGCAUCACACCAUCACAAGAUUUGGUGGUUAAAUGUUACUCCAUCCACUAGUGUACAUCGCCUUUCCUAUUGACCUUGAACUCAACAUUCCCGGUGCAUUUGAACUUUAUAGUCGAUACCAUUACCUUACCUUGCAUCACAAAUGUAUUGCUUUUACUGUCUGAACUUAAGAGGGCUGUAAAUCUCAAAUUCAAGCAAAAGAAGUUAUUUCAUGGUGAUCAUACCUGCAAGUGUAUGAACACUGACACCUUGUCAUGACGGUGAAACUGCCAAAUUUUCUAUGAAACUGCUGUACGUGUAGACUAACUCCUGUCUAAUGUCUUUUAUACCACUUAAAAAAUAUAAUUUAUAAGAAACAUA